AGACAGAUUGAGUACCGAAAAGGACAUAAACACAGCAAACUUGACGACGGACGAACCUCGAAAUCAAUACGGAAAAACGUGUCAAAGCCACAAAAAUACGAACUUUGGGUUAUGAACACAGGAUGAUGACGCACCGAGGACUAGAGUAAAGCAGUGAAUAUGGUGAAAUAAGGAGAAGAAAACCGAGAUCAGCGUCUUCACACCUGCUGUCUGCUGGCCCGGUGUCACAUAAAGCAACCAUGAGGCGAAUGAAGAUUCGUGCCAAACCCAAUUUUGGCGGAGGAGGAGGAGGAGUAUCGCGGACUAGUUCAGGCCCUGGGCGAGGCAGUGCGGCACCUGUGGAGGCCCAGACCAGCAAGGUCCAGAUCACUCCACCCCCCCAGGAAGAAGCUGAUGUGUCUGUCAAGUGUUUGGAUGGAGAUGUAGAACAGACUUCAGGAACUCAAAACAUAAAUAGUGAUGUUUCAAGUGUCACUCUUCAAGAGAAUACCAAUAAGUCUCCUUCCAAUAUUACUACCUCAAUGUCUUCCCAGGUGCAUGCUACACAGCUCAGUCUAACAAGUGUACAAGGCGUAAAGUCAUCUGAUGUUACUGAAAGUGGCAAGGAGUUUCAACAAGUAGUUACAGACAAUAACUCUGAAUCAAGUGUGGCAAUCUCAUCAGAAACGGAAGGUAGUGUGACCCCUAAGCCACCAGAAUCACAUGCCAUUCCAAUACCAAAAUCUCAGCCACAGGAAAGUCCUGGUGCCACAACCUUCCAAAUAAUUUCUCAGUCCAUAACACAAACCCAUGUUGAUAAAUCAGUGGAUGUAUCUUGUGGUGCUGCUUCACCUAUAAGUGACUCAAACACUAAUGUUUCCAGAGACACUCACCAAGACUCUGAUGGGAAGUCCACAUUAUGCAUAAGGAGGAAGAAGUUAAAGGUUAAGCCAAUGCUGGGCAGUGUAAGAAAGGGUAGUGUAAUUGAUAAAGCCAAGGUGAAGGCUUCUGACAGUAACACUAGUGCACCAAACGUGAAAAGUGAGUGUGUUGAUGUGCAGACUUCAGGAAAUCAAACCAACACAGAAGAAAAUGUGAGUAAGCCAGAGAAUGCAGUAAACAAUCAACUAAAUCAGAAUAUGCAAGCAAAAGCUAAUAUUGAUGCAGAUGCAGAUCAUGUUUCUAAAAUGUGCAAUGAAAAGCCAUCAGAGAAAGAUGUUUAUUCUGGAACAAAAGCUACACCAGAAUCUUCCGAGGCCAGUGAAGUGCUGGUAUGCCCCACUGAAAAGGAAGUCAUACUAGUAAGACAAGAAGUGGAAAUUGAAGAUGUAUUGCCAGAGAGGACAUGUGAGGACAUGGAGGUGGAGGUGGUCAAGGAAAACAUAAACACAGACGUAGUUGUGAAUGAAAACCCACCUGCUGUAGGAAAUAAUGCGGCUUCCAAAGCCAUUUCUCAUACCAGUGCCCCAGCGACUGGCUGUAAGAGACGGCCAAGAAUUUGUGCAAAACCCACUUUAAUAACAAAAAAGAAAAAGGAAGAUAAGGGCACUGUAGUUAAGCCAACAAAGCAAAUCCUAGCAACAGAUGAACAGCCAACAAAUGCAUCACCCCAGGAAAGUAUUGCAAGAGGAUCUGGCAGUGAGGAAUCUGAUGCUGUUGUAGUGAAACCAAAUAUUGAUAUUUGUGAAACUCGUCAAAGAGAGGAAUGUAAAUCAAAACCCACUAUUGCUUCCUUCAAGAAAGAGGUGAAAUUUGCUGAAAUUGAGCUAAACAAAAAACACAGUCAUUACUCAAAUAUAAGUGACAGUAAUAAAGAUAGAGAGUCAGAGGAAACUCAGAAAAUGAAAAAGGAAGGAAUUCAUGAUAAUGUCAAAGAAAAUGUUGAUAAUACUUUCCACAGCAACCUCAAGACACCCAGGAAAAAGAAACUUAGUGAAAAUAAAGAAAUUGAUCCAGAGUUGGAAGUACUUGACAUUAAUACCAGUGUGGAAAAACAAGGAAAAAAUAAAUUAAAACAAGAUAAAUGUGAAGAAGUAGUGAACAGUGAUGACAGCACUGGUGACAAGGAGAAUGCAUCCACAGCUGUCACUGAGCUUCCCAAGCAGGAGAGACUCGUCAAGGAUAACUGCUCAGGCAUCAUGCAAAAAGCCAAAACAAAGUCUCCAGUACAUAGUUCCAAGUUAUAUGGAAAGUUUGAGAGAAAACUUAAAUUUGAAGAAGAUGGAGACUCUCCUGAUAAGAAAAAAAACCUCAUAGCUCCUUAA